AUGAGCGCAGAAUAUUUAGGCGAGAGCGCGAGGAGGGGGGAGCGCGGGGCAGGAGGAGUAUCUCGGCCGAGAAAAUUAUGCAUGCGUUAGGGAAGCUCUGAGAGAAUGGCUGUGGAAGGAAUCGGUGCUGACAGUCCCUGGAGCUCAGCGAUCAGCUGUGUGCUGGCUUGCUGUGCAUCUGGAAUCCUCCCCCGCCCAUCUUUAUUCUUCUCUCACCGCACGUGCCUUUCUCCCACGGGUUCAUGUGGUGUCCUUCUCCCAUCCUCUCGUGCACGUGUCUACAGCAAGAGGACAGCUCUCCACUGUGGCUUGAAUCCCCGGGCUGUCGAUCACUCCUCCCGGGCCGAAGGCAUUAAACUGCAGAUUGAAGGGGAAGCUGUGGAAUCUCAACCCAUUAAAAACAAAAGUUUUCAGAAGGUACUUGACCAAAAAGGAACCCCCAAGCGACUGCCAACAGAAGCUGAGACGGCUAAGUUGGCUACGGUGAAGCUGUCGAAACCAGUGGCUCUGUGGACUCAACAGGAUGUCUGCAAGUGGCUGAAGAAACAUUGUCCGAAUCAGUAUCAGAUCUACAGCGAGUCAUUCAGACAGCAUGACAUUACUGGGCGAGCCCUGCUGAGACUGACUGACAAAAAGCUCGAGCGGAUGGGGAUUGCCCAGGAGAACCUCCGGCAGCAUAUCCUACAACAGGUGCUCCAGCUGAAGGUGCGCGAAGAAGUCAGAAACCUACAGUUACUCACACAAGCUCAGGAUUCCAGAAGCGUAGCCCUCUCCUCCCAGGUUCCUGAGUACCAUCAGCAGCGUGCAGGCCACCUUUGCCAUAUUUCUAUUGAGGACUGUACUACAGAAUCACCCCAGAGCCUCAACCGAGGGUUCUCCAUAAACGUGGUUAGCCUUCCAAGCUGCUGUCCUGCCAGUUGAUAUGAACGUGGCCUGUUCCUCACAGAAAGACUAACUCGUGGCACUGCCAGAAGAUCUCCAUGGAGCACUGACAGAUUAACCAGAUUAACUGAAAAAACUCCCAUUCAGUCAAGAUCAUGGGCUUUGAAAAAUCUUAGUUUGCUGUGGAUUUUAAAAUGAGGUGCAUAAUACACAGUGCCAACUUGCUCCAAGUGGUCAUUGGCAGACCAUUAGCUGGAAAAUUGCUUCCAGUUUUCAUCACUGUGCAUAACUCAAGCUCCCUUAGGGGAGCUGUCUGUGCCCUUCACUAGAAGUCCUAUUUUAGCAUGGCAACUACUGAAUUAUUUUAUUAUGUGUGCAGAUGGCAUGAUCUGUUAGACAAAAAAAAAAAAAAAUCACAGCAGUUCUGCAAUCUCAGUGGAAGCGUUCACGAUACUCUGCCCUGGUAGGAAUGUAAACAUGUCUUGAUUAUGUUA